GUCAAACAUACUGUACAUGCGUUUUGAUGAAAAUAAAUAAAAUAUGAAUAUGGCUAGAAAGUCCAGUAAAACAUUUGAUGUGUUUGUUGGCAACCUCCCACAAGAUGCUACAGAGAAAAAUGUUGGCAAACUGUUCACACCAUUUGGGGAGAUUGGUGGCAUUAUUGUGAAAGAGUCCUCAAAAGUCAAACCUCCCUACAACAAAUUUGCGUUUGUCAAGUUUCUGUGCCAGCCUGAUGCAGAGAAAGCUGUGCGAGAAAUGGACAGAAAGAAUAUUCAGGGCUCAGAAAUUGCUGUGAAAAUCUCCGAAGACCGCAGAGGUCCAAGAGGCGAUGAUAGAUCUAAGGGGCCUACCAGUCGACAUUCCGAUACAGACUCUGUUGAUGGAGGAGGAGGGGGAGGGGGUUUUGGUGCACCAUCAAUGCAGGAUCAGAACGAGGUGAAACAAGAGGAAGUAAAAGAAACCGGGCAAUUACCGGAGAGGUCUUCAUCGCUGCUCCCUCCUGUGAAACAGACUGUAAUGGUGACACACGUGGAAUCUCCAAUCACACUAUGGCUGCAGGAGGUCAAUGAUGAGAACACAAAGACAAUAUUCAGCAUUACAGAACAGCUGCUUCAGUUUUGUCCCUCUGCAAGCCCCCUGACUGGACAGCCUGAACCAGGGAAGGUGUACGCCUGCUUGUAUACCGAGGACAACACAUGGUAUCGAUGUCAAGUCAGACAGUGUUUUGGGACAGAUAAGUAUAAGAUCCAGUACAUUGACUAUGGGAAUAUCGAGGAGGUUGGCGCUGGCAGCCUCGUUGAGAUACCUGCAAGCCUCUCAUCCUUCAGGCCUCUAGCGACCAAGAUCGUACUACACAACACUCGUGCCAAAGAUCUCAGUGAUAAACAGGGAAUACAACUGUUGAAGACCCUUACAGACAAUCAGAUGGCCCAACUAAUCAAGACUCGUCCUCUCUCAGAUGGCACCGGUUUCUAUGGAAAUGUAUUUGUCAAUGACACAUCUUUGGGAGAUGCCAUGUUGACUUCUGGAUAUUGCAUAGUUAAUCCUAAAAUGGGUAAAAAGGGACCAGGGCUACAACAGGGGCAGCUGAAUCGACCCUCUGACAAUUGGGAUUUCAAGGGGCCAGAAGGGCCAGUGAUGAGUAGUAAAGACUCUUACGUAGAUAUCAAUCCAGGACCGCCCAUGAUGAAGCUUGGGCAGUUUAAUAGGCCCGAUAGAGGAGGGGGGAUUAUGGGGCAAAGAAAUACGGGGCCACAUAUGGGAGGGGGUGGGGGAAAUGUCCUGCCACUUGGAAUGGGCCACCAUUCGAACAACAUGUCCACUGUGAUGAGCCAGCCCUUACCUCCGCAACAGCAGCAGCAGAAUAUGGGGUUUCCUGCGAAAAUAGGGCAUCCCCAAGACAGUGGUAGGGAAAAGAAACUUCAGACAGACUUAACAAAGAAACGCCAAGAAAAUGAUCGCCUGCGAAACGAGAUGGACGCCACAAAUAUGCAGCUGGAAUACAUGAAGUCGAAGGUCAAGACACUACAGGAGGAGUUUGCAGCCACGGCAGCUAAGCUCAGGGAAGACACACUGUCAAAGCGUAUACUUACAGUGGUCAGUCUGGCUGCAGUCGUCCGGAAACUCAGGGACCAAUUUCCAACCGGUGAGCGUCUAUGCCUACUGGAGGAAGCCAUUCAAGUUUGUACGAGUUCUGCAAGAGUGGAUAACUCAAGCUGCUCGCUGACAGAGGUUGGGUCAGCAUUAUCACGCUACAAGGCUGCACAGGAUGAGAUUAGCAAGUGUACAAGUCAGGGUGAGCUGCCAGAGCUGAUAACAGCCAGAGAUGAGGCAAGAAGGGAACUCCACACAAAACUGACCUCUUGCCUUGAACGGAUGGAGAAGAUGCCUCUCACUGAACGCGGAGCUCAAUUGCAGGACCUAGAACAGCGGCUGUCAUCUACGUAUGGUGAUUUCCUCAACAUUCCAGUUCAAGACUGUCCCACACUUGAAACAGUGGCUCCCAAGUUCAAACCUUGGAAGAACAAAAAAGACCAAGAGUUUGGUGAUGUGCGGACAGCGACAGACUUCAGUGAGGAAGCCCUACAGACUGCUCUCAGUCUUGUAAAAGAUAGGAUGAGUGUUUCAAAAUCAUCCAGUGGCGAUCACAGUGAUGUGGAUGUAGACGAAUUAAUGAAGACGUACGCUCAUGCUCUUCAAAGGGAGAUCAACUCUACUAACUUGGCUCAUAGUAAAGAUGCUUCUCUGGUUGCCAUGGUGAUAGCAUCGUUUAGAAAAGAACUUCAGAAUGAGGCUGCUACGCUCCAAAACUUCAUGUUGUUGCGGCAAGAAUUUGUCAACAAGAAAGAGACUAUCGAACCAUGGUUGAACACGACGCCAACGUUUGCUGAUGUCACAGAGAGUAGGAAACAACUUAGGGCCCUGAAGUCAAAGCUGCGACACUUGCAGGCCGAUAAAUUGGAUCUCGAAGAGAGCGGAGAUGAGAGUGAACUCAACAGCCUGAAAAUGGAGGAACUGGAGGUUCGGAAACAUCUACAGGCUGCUCUUCUACAGUCUGAGUCACAACUGUUUGAAGUGGCAUCAGUUGCAGAGACAAAUUUCCCUGAACUUCUAGUGCAAAAUCACGAUCUAGGAAUUGAUAGUUUCAUGAAGUACAAUGGUCUUGUGAAAGGAGCGAGGGAUAUAGACCACUAUCAGCUGUUGAUGGACCUCAAACCUGGGGUCCAUAUAUCUUCAUUCAAUGAGGAAGAUGUGCUUAUCACGGAGUAUCACAUUGGCGGAACAGACCACUGCUCAAAGGAAGAGUUCCUGCAACAAGUUGUUCAGUACAACACAGAAGAAGGAACCAUCCAGGCUGUCUUCUUUAACAAGACUGAGAGGCUAGCAUAUAUCCAGACAUCAUGGCAAGGGGGUGAAUUGGCUGAUGUCGUCAUCAAGGAUCGAGAGUUACCUCCCCUCGCCCUUCAGCAGAUCUCGAUAGCUGUUGUUCGUGAAGCAGCGUUUAUUCACGCCAGGGGAUGUGUCCACGGGGAGAUCUCUCCACAGACGGUCAUCAUACGAGAGGAUAAUUCAAUAUGUGUUCUGUUGCCAGACUUCUCUAAGAAACUGAGUGAUCGUAUCAGCCGACGCCAUGUGACGGACAGUGGAAUUGUCUUUCAGUCACCCGAGCUACAGUUUACCUCCCCUGAAACGAUGGGACCUUCGGCAGACAUCUACAAUGUUGUACUGUUUAUUUUUUGGCUACACAAUCCAGAUGGAAAACCAAAUCAAAGCUCUGCAGCUAGAAAAAAGAUUCCGUCCCUCCAGUUCCUGUUUGACAGUGUGUUGAGUGGGAAGAGUGCCAGCCGGGUCACAGCAGACCAGAUCUUACAGCUAGACUACUUCAGUAAACCCCUAGAGGAGAGGGGCCUCUCCCCAUCCCCUCCUUGCCCAGCACCCCAGGAACCUGUUGUUGCCAUGACAAUACCCCAGGAGCCAAUCUUAAGGAGUACUGAUGAACCCAUGGAGAUUGGGGUGUUCAAUGCUGAAGAUUACAUGAUGGACACUGCAAUGCUCCCACCAGGUCCAGCAAUACCUCUCCUCACCGAAUCAGACAAUUCAUGGACAACAGAAAGUUCCCAGUCCGCUACAAACAGCAGCCGAGACUCGCCUUUGGACACCAUAACAGAGGCAGCAAGGUCUAUCUCCCAACAGACUGUAACACCUGAUGGUGUGGACUUGCUUACUGUAGAGAUUCAGACACUGUCGACUGACACAAUCUCAGGGAUGGAUAAUGGUCUGGAAGGGGAUGAAUCUGAAGGUCUUGUUAGGGAACAGGAUAUCGAUCCUCCUGUUGUAGAUGCUGCUACGGAGACCGAGACAAAUGAUCUCGUAGAUGUUGGUGCCUUUAGUGCUUAUGAUGGUGUUGUUGUCUCAAAUCCAUAUGUUCAGGAAGUUGUGUGUGUAAGUGAACCAUCAGAAACGGGGGGCCAAGAGGUGAACAAUGUUGAAGAGGUGCCGACUGCAAAGGGAGCAGCAUGUGCUGGGGUCGAAAGUUUGGAGGAGAAUUGUUAGUGUCACCUGUUAAUUAGCAGCAGCAGCACUGCCUGUUACAUGUUAGUUCUUACCUGUUGUUUGUUCUUGUGUGAAAUCAUUUUCUUUUCGUUUAACAUGGGUCGAAAAACUGGAAUAUCUGCGAUGAACUUUCUUGCAAUUCAUGGGCACAUAAGGAAUAUGUGCAUUAUUGUUUAAUGGCUUCACUUCUUUUGUGGUGUCUUAACAUGUGAAAAGUGCAUUUCAUUGAAGUAGGAAGUACAAAUGUUAUUUUCUGAAGUACAUAAGAAUGAAUUUUCCCUAAAAUUGGUCCUUAAAAAUGCCUUAUUUGUAAGGGUUUGCUAAAAAUCCAUAAGAAAUGUUAAAAAUAAAUCAUAAAAAAGCCCUUCUAUAUUUUUGGAUAUUUUUUUCAGGACUCUUAAUUAUAGUCUUAAAUUCGUGAAAGGUUGCUAAAAAGUGAAUGAUUUUACAGUACCUAACCUUGUCUUACGUGAAAUACUUAGCAGCUUAUUAACACUGAGAAGUUGCAUGUUUCUUUGUUUGUUUUUGUGUUAAUGUUGUGUUGAACAAGCUUGAUUUUUAAAGUUAUCAAAUAUAAAAGGUAACUUUAUAAUGAAGAGUAAAUGAACCAUUGUUUCUAACAUUAACUGGUGUUUAAUGACCAUUCAAUACAUGUAGAUAUAAUUCAUUUUUUAAAACUGAACUGAGAUCAUCCUCAAAAUGCUGAAGAAUGGCUUAUCAGUGAAUGUAAUUGGCAGUAAUGAUAAAAUAACUACUUAGCUGAAGAAUUUGUAUAAAUUGUAGGCAAUAUUGUGGCAAUGUGCAAUAGACAUAUUUCACGUGAUAACUUAAAAGAGUAGAUGACAGAAUCUGCUGGCUGUUAGUAGCAGACAUGGGUCUGUUUGUACGUGUUGAGUCAUGUGCAAUGGUUGGAUGAAAGUGCUGAUAAUUGAUUGGCGCAUUUUACCAUUUACAUUGAAUUUUUAAUUGUAUCAAUUUUAUAGCUCAAAUAUGAUUAACUUUUUAACAAUUGAAACCUGAACACAACCAAACAUAUGCAUACUGGUACAUCGUCUUUGACGUAUGAUAUACUUUUAAAUCAUUACUAGUAGUUUAUUCUUGCAACUUUGCCAUCUUACAUGAAAUUAUUGAUUAUCAGUCAAAAUAAGUUUACAAGCGACCUUGUUGGUGUUUUAAAGGUCGGAUACAUAAAAAUCGAUGUUAUGGUAUAUUUGUGUCUUGUGGUACGAAACAGCUGAAGAAAAGUGGACAGCAAGAUAGUUAAGUUUCCGUGAUGUGUUUUUAUUGCAUAUGAAGUUGAAUCAAGUUAAAGAAAAGUGGACUGAAGUGAAGGCAGUAUUCAAUAUGUCAGUUAAAGGGACUUGUUAACGUUCAUAGGGUCAGACGUAAAAAAAAAAAAUUGUGUGAAAUAUGAACAAAAUGUUUUUAGUAAGCAUAAAAAGUUUGAUUUAUAUUCUAUUAGUAAUAAUUAUUUAAAAAAAGCAAGGAAAAAAUGUUGUUUUUUUAAAGCGUUAGUUAUGCUUAAAAAUUCAAUUCUUUGGGCUUGGAUUUACCAAAUUCUUUUUAAACGAGUAUCUGUCAGGUUAUGUUUGGUCUUUUGUCAAAGAAGUCAGUAAAAUAUGGGAUUAAAAAAAUAACUAAAUUUCAGCAACUUCAAAAAAAAGAAAAAGAUUUACGGUACAUUGAAUCUGUGAGCGAGUCCCUUUCAAUACAUUCUAGUAGUGUUUAGUUAGUAAAAACCAUGCAAACAGAUCUACAAUAUUCCAAAUAUGCCUACAAAGAUGUAUAUACCAUUGUUUUUGAUAUUGUCAAUCGUACAUGUAAUACUUGUGAAGAAAAUACUUUUUAAGAUAUGUUCUUAUAUAGUUGACAUUUGAGUUUUGGCAAGUUUGCAAGAAAUAACUAAGAGUGUUUACUUGUAUGUAUGUUACUUUUGUUCAGGUUUCUAAACGUUUUUGACUUUCUGUUGGUACCUUUUAUGCUACCUGUUGACUUUCACGAGAGGUGAAUGAAUCUGUUGUUAUCUUUUUGAAUAAAGAUUCUGUUUUACAUA